UGGAGAUGCCCGGAAACGAAGGUGAUACAACGACAAGAGAGACGGCAAUUCGCUGCUCCCAGCUCAACCCUGUCAAUUCUCAGGUUCAUGGAAGCUCUUCGGAUUCAUUUGCUCUUCCUUCUCAGCCUUUCGAUUUGAGGAAUUGGUUUUCUAGCUAUGAAUAUGAGUCUCCAGAGUGUUCUGGUCUUCCUAAUUAUCUGGGUAGCUAUUUAUUAUCUGAAGAAAAAGGAGAGAUUGAUACCCAGGAGCAUGCAUUGGAUAGUUGCCUUGAUGACAAGUUCACUGGUUUAGUAGAAGAGGGAGAAAUUGAUGCCCAGGAUCAUGUAUUGGAAAGUUCCCCUGAUGCUAAGGUAAUUGCUUCAGUAGAAGAGGGACAAAUUGAUAACCAGGAACAUCCAUUGGAAAGCUCCCUUGAUGCUAAGGUCAAUGAUUUAGUUGUAGAACAUGAAGGGAAACACUCUGCAAAGCAUGAUAGUGUUGGUGAAUGUCAAAAAAACUGUGAUAUUUCAAGAACUAGUGGAAUUUUAUUGGUGGAUAAGGAGCAAUCUUCAAUUAGAUUGCCCGGUGUGAAUGACUUAAAAGAACAAGAAAAGGUACCUUCUCUUAUCUUUGAUGAAGAAGUUCCAGGACUAAGACUAGAGAUCAAACAGGACGGAUUACACUCUACAAGAACUGAGAAAAAUACAGCAAGUAAUAGUUCUAAAGUUGCUGCUGAAUCGGUUUCAGUUAAAAACCUCAAGUCUUGUGGACAUAGUGAGUGCGAAGAGUCCAUCUAUUUGAAACCAAAGGUAGCAGAUGUAAUUACUGGAGACAUGGAAGUGAAUGAAAAUCUGGGUACAAAUAGUUUUAUCUCUACAAAGAACAGCAGAAAUUCAGGGACAGAUGAUGGACCAUUCCAUACCAAAUUUAUUUCAACAAUGAAUUGCAACAAGAACUAUGAGAAGCAAACAGGAGCUAAGACAUUGCAAGAGAAUAACCAAACUAAAUCAGGAAAAAGAAAUGCUUUAAUGGAUAAAACCAAUGUCUUUGAAGGUGAAGCAGAUACAGUACCAGAGAUUACUGGCAAAUGGCAGUGUCCUCGCAUGAACAAACCUUACAUGGGCCCUCCAUUGAAGCAGCUUAGGAUGGAACAGUGGUUUCAUAGAGUUAACAAGGAUCAUUCUAUCAGAUAAAAGAUUCAGUUGUCUUUUUCUUCUUGAAAACUAAUGGAGUUGUUUUCUGCUACAGCUGCUGCUGCUGUUGUUUUUUUUUUAAUAAAACCACUAGUUAAUAUUGUCUCCUGGGA